AUGUCAGUUCAGCCAGCGACAACGCCGCCCUCGGGGCUCCCACUGCACAAGCAGCCCUUCAUCAAGCCAGCAUUGCCCUUCUUGGUGGGCGGGACGUCGGGCAUCAUCGCGACGAUAUGCAUCCAACCCAUCGACAUGAUCAAAGUCCGCAUCCAGUUGUCGGAGGGAGCUGCGACUCCAGUGUCAGUUGUCAAGCAGGUGGUUGCGCAAGGACAGAUCCUCGAUCUCUACAACGGCUUAUCUGCCGGGCUACUCAGACAGGUUGUCUACGGCACAUCUCGACUUGGCUUCUUUUUCACAUUUGAAGAUCUGCUCAAGCAACGGGCAGCGCGAAAUGGGAGCACAUACGGGUUCAAGGAGCGCGCGUCGGCGGGUCUGGCUGCAGGGGCCCUGGGAGCAUCGAUAGGUAACCCCACCGAGGUGGCGUUGAUUCGCAUGCAGUCCGAUGGUCUAUUGCCUGCGGCGCAGCGAGCGAACUACCGCUCCGCCUUCCACGCCCUAGGAUCAAUCGCUCGCCAUGAAGGCGUCACCGCUCUGUGGAGCGGAGCCUAUCCAACAAUCAUUCGAGCCAUGGCCACCAACUUUGGGCAGCUAGCCUUCUUCUCCGAGUCCAAACAUCAGCUUGCCAAGCGAACCAGUGCUUCAGGUCAAACGCAGACCAUCGCCGCGUCUGGCAUUGCCGGCUUUUUUGCCUCUUUCUUCAGCUUGCCGUUCGACUUUGUGAAAUCACGGUUGCAGUCGCAGAAGAAGGCGGCUGAUGGAUCGAUGAGAUACACAGGCAUGCUGAAUUGCUUCGUCACCGUUGCCAAGCAGGAAGGAGUGCUGCGAUUCUACCGCGGGUUCGGCACGUAUUUCAUGCGUAUCGCCCCGCAUACGUAA